UGGAUUGUUGCGUGACGCACAACUUUCUCCACCACGCCUUUCACUGCGUGCGAGUCUGCGCAGAACGGUGGCGAGUUCCGCCGGUGCGUUCUGGGCUCUAGCGAGACAGAGUUAGAGCGACAGACAGUCAGCGGACGCACGCUUGCUUUUUCUUCGUCUUCGUCUUCAUUCUGGCUUCCUAAACAGCGAGAGAUAACUUUGACAGCCGCUUCAAGUUUUCCCUUUUUUUUAAAUUCUUGUUUAAUUUGCAUAUACAUUAUAUAUACUGCUGUGCUUCACUGUGAUACAACCCAACCGAGAAGAGCCUGCGGGGAGGCAGAUUGCCGUUUGAUGGAUCCGAGAAUCGCCUGGUUUCAGCCGGAACAGCUCGGACCUGCCAAUAUCCUGUGGAUGCAAAUUUGGGAAACUACGCAAGGGCUAAGGAAUCUGUACUUUGACAACAACUACACUGCGAGUACAAGCGGUACCAACGCGAACAACACCAAGACCAGCAGUGCAGAUACCUCGGCAACAGCCAGCUCCAGCGGUAUCAAUACAACCAGCACCAGCACUACCGAGGGCAUGUCGAGCUUGAGGGCCGGCGGGGAAUUCGGGGUGCAGGGGGACUUUUUACCCUUGGAGACCAAUAACAACCAAAACAACCACCCGGCAGACAGGGGCGGCGGCGGUGCGUGGAGCCACCGAAACAAGAGGAAAUGGGACAACAAGGCGAGCACGUUCGGGUUCAACACCAGCCUCUUGCACCGCGGGCCAGGCACGGAUCGGGGUGGCGGGGGAUAUUCCGGGACCCCGUGGAAAACGAGGAACUAUUCCGAAGGGGUGGUCGGGUUACACGAAGAGAUAUUUGACUUCUACGAGUACAUGUCUCCUCGGCCCGAGGAAGAGAGGAUGCGCAAGGAGGUGGUGCAGAGGAUAAAAGACGUCAUCAGAGAACUGUGGCCUAACGCCGAUGUUCAUAUAUUUGGAAGCUUUAGCACUGGAUUGUAUUUACCCACAAGUGAUAUUGAUCUCGUCGUGUUUGGGAAAUGGGACAGCCUUCCCCUGUGGACCCUGGAGCAAGCUCUCCGGAAGCACAACAUCGCCGAUGAGAACUCGGUCAAAGUGCUGGACAAAGCUACGGUACCCAUCAUUAAACUGACCGAUUCAUACACUGAGGUGAAGGUUGACAUCAGCUUCAACGUGCAGAACGGAGUGAAAGCAGCUCAGCUCAUCAAAGAGUUUAAAGAGAAAUACCCUGUACUUCCAUACCUGGUGCUCGUGUUGAAACAGUUCCUGCUGCAGAGAGAUCUGAAUGAAGUAUUCACAGGGGGGAUCGGCUCCUACAGCCUCUUCUUAAUGGCUGUCAGCUUCCUUCAGUUGCAUUACAGGGAAGACGCCAGCAGCCCCAAUGCCAACAUUGGAGUUCUCUUGAUAGAAUUCUUCGAACUCUACGGACGUCAUUUCAACUACCUGAAGACUGGCAUCCGGAUCAAGGACGGCGGCUCGUACGUGGCUAAAGAGGAAGUGCAGAAGAGCAUGGUGGACGGGUACAGACCGUCGAUGCUCUACAUCGAGGACCCCCUGCAGCCAGCAAAUGAUGUUGGAAGGAGCUCCUACGGUGCCAUGCAAGUGAAGCAAGCCUUUGAUUAUGCCUACAUUGUACUGAGCCACGCUGUUUCCCCAAUCGCCAAGUACUAUCCCAACAAUGAGUCGGAAAGCAUUCUGGGGCGCAUCCUGCGAGUGACCCAAGAAGUGUCUGAAUACAGAGACUGGAUUUCAAAGAAGUGGGGAUCGCAGAGCAGAAGAGAGUCUCCAAUCAAUGGCAAUGAUGUGACGUUGUUAGUAGAGCCACAGCAGCUGGACAAAUGCAACAACAAUGUCUGUGAAGAAAAGGCUGUGAUCCUGGGGCAGCCGCGGAGUGAACACUCCUCCUCCUCCUCCUCCUCCUCCUCCUCGAUAUCCAGCUCCAGUGAUGCAUGUGGAGCCCUGAGGUCUCUGAUAUCUGUAACUUCGCAGGACUCGGACGAGACUCCAUGUAAAACCCUGAAGCACCGGCAAGCUGAUCCCAGACAAGAAACAGCAACGGGGUCCACACAGCUCCGCGGGAAAACACAGAGCCAUUCCUCCAGCAAGAGCAACCUGGCACAGAGCCAUUCCUCCAGCAACAAGACACAGCAUGAAAGGAGACAGUUUCGCUCUUCUCGUAAAGGCUGUACAGAUCAGCAGCGCCCCAGCCACUCCCCCGCACCGCUCAGCAGCAAACCACACCCACCGAGCAGCCACGGCAAGAAGAGGAAACUCCGGAAGGACGCCGUGCCGGAGGAGCUCUGCAGAUAGGGAAGGAGCUGUGCCUCAUGAGACUCUGUCAAACUGCCCCCUCUCUGCGGCACGGCAUUGUCGUGGCUUCUCCGUGCGGUAUAUACAGCACUAAGACUUUUUUUAUAGCUCAAAAGAAACCAGCUUUGCACAAAGAAUGAAGGAUCUUUGCUGCCACUGCUUGUUUGAUGACGCAAGCUGAAGUGGAGCCACUGUUGAAGCUGCAGAUUGAAUGGAAACCGUGAUCGUCGAUUGAUGCCCUAGAGCCUAUUAAAGAGAAAAACGAAGAAAAAAAGACUUGACCAUAGAAAAUGUAAAAAAAAAAAAAAAAAAAAAAAACCUAAUAAAAAAAGGAAAAAAGAAAUGUAGUCCUUUUAAGAUGGGAAUAUAAUUUGAGCAUGAAAGAUUUUAAUAUUUUUUGUUUGGUUAUAGUUACUGUUUUAUUAUGUAUAUACAGAUUGUAUUUAAAAAAAAAAAAAUUAAAAAAAGUAUUGCAUUUGUAAAAAGAGAGAAAAGGUUUAGUAAUACUUUUUUACAUGACAUACUAAUUAAUUUUUUUAUUUUAUUUUUUAAAGCUGUAAUUUUCACCAUUGCUUUUGUUUUUUGCAACUAUCCAGUUGUGCACAUCAUCAGCAUCAGACAGGGCAGCUCCAGCAGACUCUGCAAACUGCCCUGUGUUUCAUACGAUCAGACGGGGCAGCUCCAGCAGACUCUGCAAACUGCCCUGUGUUUCAUGCGAUCAGACAGGGGGCAGCUCCAGCAGACUCUGCAAACUGCCCUGUGUUUCAUACGAUCAGACAGGGGGCAGCUCCAGCAGACUCUGCAAACUGCCCUGUGUUUCAUACGAUCAGACGGGGCACCUCCAGCAGACUCUGCAAACUGCCCUGUGUUUCAUACGAUCAGACGGGGCAGCUCCAGCAGACU